AUGUGUGCUGAAAGCGCCAAGACGAUAACACAAACGCCAAGACUUCAUAAUAUCAAUCAUGAAGAUAUAAAUCGUUUUUUCUUACUCGGCUACGAUUGUUUAGGAUAUUCGAUGGAAUGUCAUUGGAUGUGGCACUUUUGGGUUUCGGAGUUACACGACCGGCUGCCGCGAGAACGGCAGUCUUAUGAGCGAACCGACCGCAUGUGGAGGUCGAGAAGGGUCACGAUAAAUUGGUUACGGUUCGUCACCUCUCAUUGCAGAAUCUUUGAUUCAGAUUUUCCCGUAUUCAAUGCAUAA